AUGACCGUCGCCCCUCCAUCGCCGGACUCCCCCGCAGAGGAGCUCCAGCAGCGCCCUCCGCGGUACUCCGGCGAGGAUACAACCCCGACCAGCAAACGCGAGAUCUGGGGCUGGUAUGCGUAUGGAAUUGCAGCGGAGGUAUUUGCUGUCUGUGGUGUAGGUUCUUUUCUGCCUCUCACAUUGGAACAACUGGCACGCGAACGAGGAACCUUUAAAUCUAGCCACCUACCGUGCGUCGGUCCCGGUUCACCGUCUACAUCUGCGAAUGGCACGGCCCCUGCUAUGCUCCGUCGCGAUGGAGCCGAAAACGAUCAAUGUGUCGUAGGAGUAUUGGGUUUGAACAUCAACACCGCCAGUUUCGCUAUGUAUACCUUCUCGCUGGCAGUGCUCGUCCAGGCAUUGACCCUUAUAUCCUUCAGCGCCUUAGCAGACUAUGAGAAUAACCGUAAAACCCUCCUUCUGGCAUUCGGUUUCAUUGGGUCCGCCACGAGUAUGUUAUUCGUCUUUAUUGCGCCGCCGGUAUUCGUCUUGGGGGCCCUCUUGGUUGUCAUCGGAGUUACCUGUUUAGGUUCAUCUUUUGUGGUGCUCAACUCUUUCUUACCUGUCCUGGUCGCAAACGAUUCGUCCAUCGAAAAGACUCCCAAGGCCGCUGAGGAGUUGCAUCCCAUGAGCCCCGAUGGAGAAUAUAUUCACCCGAGAGACUCUUUCUCGGCGAGCGAUGCAGAAUCGGGGCCUCGCCCAGCAGCAGAAGCGGGCUCUGGGGCAUCAUCAGGCCCCACUUCGCCGGAGCUACAGCUGUCCACGCGCAUUUCAUCUAAAGGUGUCGGGCUGGGGUACUGUGCUGCUGUUCUUGUGCAAAUCCUGAGUAUUUCGCUCCUGUUUGCACUUUCUAAGACGUCGAUUUCGAAGGUUUCCGGGACGCUUCCACUGCGGUUCGUAUUGCUGUUGGUCGGCAUUUGGUGGUUCUCGUUUACGAUGGUCACUCGAAAGUGGCUGCGCGCUCGGCCAGGACCCCCACUGAAUACCUUGAAUACCGGUGGGCAGGUGAAACGGUGGCGUGUGUGGUUGCGACUCGUCGGGUUUGCCUGGAAAUCUUUGUGGAAGACAGUUAAGAUUGCGGUGCAGCUGCGGGAGGUUUUGGUGUUCCUGGCCGCGUGGUUUCUCCUAUCCGACGCUAUGGCCACCGUAUCUGGAACGGCAAUCCUCUUCGCGCGCACGGAGCUCAAGAUGAGCACUACACUUGUCGGCCUGUUGUCCAUCACCGCAACCCUGUCCGGCAUGGCUGGUGCCUUUUUCUGGCCUGUGGUCUCGCGACGGUUCGGGCUGAAGUCGAACCAUACAAUUAUGCUAUGCAUUGCGCUAUUUGAGAUUAUUCCUUUGUACGGCAUGCUGGCAUAUAUUCCUCUCUUCAAGAAGUGGGGUGUGAUCGGUCUGCAGCAGCCGUGGGAGAUCUUCCCGCUCGCCAUUGUCCACGGUGUGGUAUCGGGUGGCCUGGCUUCCUACUGCAGGUCCUUCUUCGGAUUGCUCAUUCCUCCUGGCAGUGAAGCCGCGUUCUACGCGCUGUACGCUGCAACGGACAAGGGCAGUUCGGUCAUUGGACCGGCUAUCGUAGGAAUGCUCAUUGAUGCGACCGGACAGGUACGGUCGGGAUUCUUCUUCAUCGCACCCUUGAUCUUGAUGCCAAUCCCGCUCAUCUGGAUGGUCAAUGCUGAAAAGGGCCGAAGAGAGGGGGUGGCCAUGGCCCAGCGUCUGGAGAAGGGCCACGAGACGGAGAUGAGUGAGCAAACUGAGGAAGCCGAAGGACUCCUGGCACGAGGUAUAUAA